GAGAAAAGAGGGAAAAGGCACAAUGGAGAGAGAACAAGACAUGCUUGAGGGAGACAGCCAAUACGGUACGAGGGAGCGAGAGACCCUGGGUGAGAAGACAGAGAGAGAGAGAGCUGGAGAUCCCCACAGAGAGGAGGAGAGGCUGCAUGAGAGAAGCAGGCAGAGCGCAGAAACAUUCGGCUCCCGCUCACUCGCAAUGACGACUCAACUACUUGACCGCACUCCUCUGGAAGCCUGAAAGACGGCAGGAAGACCCCACCGACGCUCCAGCCCCUCCUGCUGAUCCUUUAUCAGUUUUUUUCAUUCUGGAAAGUGACAACAUGUGGAAACAUAGUGCGGGAAGGAGGACGGUUUGGGAUGGUUCAUGGUGCUUUUUGGAAGACGUGGAUGGAGCAGCUGAUGUUUUCCAUCAGUAAAGAGGUGAGGGGCGGCAUUUAUGGAAUAUUUAAAUCCUCUGGAGGGCUGAUGCUAUUUGUUGAUGUGGAGGAACGAAUUCCUCAGAGGAGUCAGAACUUUAUUGGCAGACUGGAGUGAGGAGAAAGUUGGAGGCACACCUGUAAGAUACAAUCCUGCUCUUCAUCCAUCCCUGUCGACCGUGGUCUGCCAGCACGGAUGAUCUGAGACCAGGAAGCGAAGAUUCCCACUCUGAUAUCAUGCUCACAGAGCAGUCACACCUGUGAGGAGCAAUCCAAAUCUCCACCAGAGUUUCCAUCCAUCAAACCACUCUGAUUUUUGUUUCCUGUAUUCCAUAAAGAUCAGAGUCAUGCACCUAAAGAAGCACAGACUUGCUGGAAAACGGCUUCAACCCUUGGAAGAAAUGCAGAUUUUCUAUAACCCAGAUUUGGCACGGAUGUAGCACUUUCAGCACAUCUUCAGGGAUGACUUCAAACGGAUUCUAUUAUCCGGAGAACAGACUCUUUCUUCCCCUUUUCCUGUGAAGACGUGAGUCACUAUCAAUCCUGACAUUCUGAUCAAGUGGUGAAGACGUUUACGCAGGAUGUUGAUCCUGACAGACAUUUUUACGGCUCCAAUGUCCCAUGAGGUGAUGGGAUGGAUACAUGAACAACUUAAAGGACACAACUGUAUGAUGGGGAAGCAAAAAAAGAAGGGAGUAGCUGUGAGUUCCUGGCUCUUGUCGUACUGAUUUAGUGGCGAUCUCCUCAAGUUCCCCUGAUCUGACAGCAUGAGCUUGCGUGGAGGUAACAUGUCAGAGUUGAUCUCCCACACUAUCAGAGCCGUAACAGCUCUGGAGUCCAAGCCCUGGCCUCCGCCUGGACUUGAGGAAAACGUCCUCAGACUUAGCAAUGCAACAAGCGUGGAGUGUAAAGGUAGUGACGUGGCACGUAGCGCCGGGGACAGACUGCUGGGGAACUGGUCUCAGCGCAGUGCCGCCGGACUACACGGGUCCCAGUGUGCCCCCUCAGACCCGGCGGGGGAGAAGAACUGGGCGGCGCUGCUGAUACUGGUGGUGAUUGCCGUCACGGUCAUGGGGAACAUCCUGGUGAUUCUGGCCGUGUCCUUGGAGAAGAAGCUGCAAAACGCCACAAACUACUUCCUGAUGUCACUGGCAGUUGCCGACAUGCUCCUGGGCAUCUUGGUCAUGCCAGUUUCCAUGGUGACUAUUCUCUAUGGUAAGAGCAGAGCGUCAAUCAAAUUAAGCUGACAUUUAGUGUGCCGCUGACUGGAGUUGAGCGGUCU